CACACUGACCUCAAUCCUCAUAAGGAUCUUACUGUCAAUCACUAAGGCAGAUGUCACUCUAAGAAUCCUCAGUCUUUUCUCUCCGUCUCUCUCUCACUGCAGAGUCACGGUCUCGUGCAGGACAGAGGAAAAAACAAACACACACCGACUGAUGAUUCGACAAAAACACGCACAUGAAAAUAUGGCGACCGUUAUGCAGGAGAGUUUGACCUGCCAAGGGAAAAGCGCGAUGCUCCAUAUGGGCGGCUGCGGGAUUCAGCUGGUGUCCAGAAAAGGCCGCCUCUCACGGACACCUGCCCUCCAUCUGUUACCGGCACACGCGGAGGAGUCUUUACGGCUGUCCCUCUCCUCUUCGUCCUCCUCUUCUUUUUCCUCCUCAUCCUCCUCUAUUCAGGAACAGGGUAAUAACAUUAGUCGAGCUCCAGAGAGAGAAAAAGAGGCUGAAAACCUGCCUCCGCGGCGCCCUGUGAAACUCGCUCCACUAGAGCUCCCCCUGGAGGUCAGAGAGGCUCAGCGGCAGAAAAUUAAAAGCGCUCAUGAGGGCAAAGCUGCGGGUUGUAGGCCUGAAGGGGUGUAUCCGGGAAAGGCGAAAGUUUGUUGGAGGGAUGAGACGGAUAAUAAGUCACCAGAGCGUUUCCCGCUGAGUACCAUCACAGAGCCACAUAAACCACUCAUACCUGUCAAUCAAGUAAAGAUUGGUUCUGAUAGGCCCGUAGGGAAGGAGGCGGGGCCAAUAGAAGGUAAUCUGACAAGAGUUCACUCAGCACAUCAUUAAAAUACUGUAAUAAUAAUCACAGAGAAUGUAUUUUUGCGGUGAUUUUCCACUGUUAUUGUAACC